AUGGGCGAUGCUAUUGGAAAAGGAAAUGGAGGAGGCCAAGGGGCACACUCGCAUCAAUCGGAAUUCGAAUUUCGACCAUCAUCAAAAGAAAGUCGCUCGAAAAGUCCGGGAGUGAUCGGCAGAUUGUCGAGUUUUGCGAGAGGGAAACACCGGCAUUCGAUGAAUGAGAAGGGAUCGGGGAAAGAGGCUGACGGACGACCGUCUAAGGACAUUCAUCGCGAGCUUCAAAAGUGUCGAGACAACGCCUCGACCCGAUUGGAUUUAAGUCAAAAUGAUAUCACAACGAUCCCAGUGACUAUCCGAGAACUCACCCAAAUCACCGAGCUUUUCCUCUACAAGAAUAAACUGACCGCGUUGCCGAAUGAGAUUGGAGCACUCGUCAAUUUGAAGAAGCUGGGUGUCAGCGAGAAUGCGCUUUGCUCGUUGCCAGAUUCAUUGAGUUGUUUGACUCAAUUGGAAACCCUUGAUCUCCGACACAAUAAAUUGACUGAGAUUCCACCGGUUAUCUAUCAAAUAAGCUCACUUGAAACGCUCUGGUUGAGAUACAACCGAAUUGUGGCCAUUGGGGAGGAUAUCGGGAAGUUAUCGAGAUUAAAAAUGAUCGAUCUCCGCGAGAACAAAAUCCGUUCCCUUCCCUCAUCAAUCGGUCUUCUUCCAUCACUUUCUGUCUGUCUUCUCUCCUAUAAUCAUCUCAAAUCGAUACCUGAAGAAAUCGGUUCCUGUCAUUCUCUGACCCAACUCGAUCUACAGCACAACGAGCUCGACGCACUGCCUGAGUCGAUGGGCAGAUUGACGAGUCUGAUUCGACUUGGAUUGAGAUAUAAUCGUUUACGCCAAUUGCCUGUCUCGAUCGAGCGUUGUGUUCAUUUGGAGGAGUUUAUCGUUGAAGGAAAUCAUUUAGCAUCGUUGCCGGACGGUAUGUUGACCUCUCUUCCAUCAGUUCGUAUCGUGAAUGUUUCACGGAAUGAAUUGUCCGCGUUUCCCGGCGGUGGACCGCAACAAUUUGCGGCAGCUGUGACAAUCAACAUGGAGCACAAUCAAAUCUCAAAAAUCCCAAUCGGCAUCUUCGCCAAGGCGACCGGGUUGAUGAAGCUAAAUUUGAAAGAGAACGAGUUGACCUCAUUGCCAUUGGAUAUGGGCACCUGGACAUCGAUAACCGAAUUGAAUCUUUCAACGAAUCAGCUAAAAGUUUUGCCGGAGGACAUUGAAAAGCUCAUUAAUUUAGAAGUGCUUGUCUUGAGCAAUAAUCAACUCCGAAAAUUGCCCUCGCAAAUUGGGAAUUUGAAAAAGUUGCGAGAGUUGGAUUUGGAGGAAAACGAAUUGGACACGAUACCGAGUGAAAUUGGUUUCCUCGUAAACGUCACGAAAUUGUGGGUGCAAUCGAAUAAACUCGUCAAUUUGCCGAGGACGAUUGGUAAUAUGUCCGCCCUCCAGGAUCUCCGCGUCGGCGAGAACAAUUUGGCGUCAAUUCCUGAAGAAAUUGGUCAUCUCGAUUGUUUGAAGAGUCUCUAUUUAAAUGACAAUUCCUCUUUGCACAAUCUUCCCUUUGAAUUGGCUUUGUGUUCUUCUCUCGAAAUAAUGAGUAUCGAGAAUUGUCCACUCUCGCAAAUUCCCCCGGAAAUCACCGCCGGCGGACCGUCACUCGUCAUUCAAUAUCUCAAAAUGCAAGGCCCAUAUCGAGGUGUUGUGCUCACUCAA